UUUUUUGUAAGCCGCUCUCCAGCUAGCUGUCUGUGUGUGUGUGUGUGUGCGCGCGCGCGCGCCACUCUGAUGCAUUUGACUGUCUUUUAUCCAACUGCCCAGAAGCAAAUGUUGUUAACUCGUCGGUCCCCCCUCGAUGCCCAGAUUCUCGAAGAGUGGGGAGAACGCCCAGACCUAUUUUCCUGGCUGGAUUCGGAACCGCUGCCUGGCUGUGGACCCAUGUGUGUGGAUCGCUUUACCCAGAGGCUUGGAAAGCUCCAGUAUUAACUUGCUUCCAGGUACUUCGCAAGGUCACCAGAGUGUCUUGUAGCCGUCUUGUUUCCGUGCAUCUAGACCUUUCUGUCUUGGCCAGAAGGAUAUUUAUGUUUCGGUCCACAUCAUCUGAAGGCAAAAGUUCAGCCCUUCGCGCUGGUUUCUGUACAAACAAGGUAACAAGGAUUGCUUUUCAAACUGCUUAACAAAAUCCCCGACUCUUCCUCAGCCCUUUCCCGGCUCUCUCCUCCCCACCAAAAUGUCACCAGCUCUUGAAUUACGUGGAUUUGGGUUGGAGGAGAACUUGAAGGAAACGUGAUCAAAAGGCGAUGCCAAACCACUCUCUUUUCUGCCUGUGGUCCUGUGGGCAUCAAAGCCGAUCGUGAGAAGGACCAGUCCCUCCUUGUUUCUCCCUCCCCGUGCUGUGCUAGAUGUGCGUGUGCAAGAGUGAAUGCGAGUGCGCGCGCGCCGGUGUGCGAGUGUGUGAGUGUAUGUGUGUUUGAGUGUGUCUGUGUGCGUGCGCGGCCGCCCUGCCUCUGCCCGCUCCCCGGGCGCAGAAACGCGGGUUUCAUGGGGCGAUCGCCGCGGAUCCCCCACCCAGCGCGACCUGCGGGCAGCGGCGGCAGUGGCAGGAGCCGCCUUUCGGACUCCCUAGGAUGCGGGUGCUGAGCUAUGGCAAAGGGCAGCGAAGUGACGAGCGAGACCUGCGUACGACUGUGAAAGCCACCUGGAGCCACCUUGCCGGGAUUGUACCUGCGGGCAGAAAGUCCUCCUACGACCGUCUUUUCCUCUAGAGGCACCAGGCUCUUAAAUCUGAUCUACAAUGGAAAAAUUUCUUUUGUAUCUGUUUUUCAUUGGCAUAGCAGUGAGAGCUCAGAUCUGUCCAAAGCGUUGUGUCUGUCAGAUUUUGUCUCCUAAUCUUGCAACCCUUUGUGCCAAGAAAGGGCUUUUAUUUGUUCCACCAAACAUUGACAGAAGAACUGUGGAACUGCGGUUGGCAGACAAUUUUGUUACAAAUAUUAAAAGGAAAGAUUUUGCCAAUAUGACCAGCUUGGUGGACCUGACUCUAUCCAGGAAUACAAUAAGUUUUAUUACACCUCAUGCUUUUGCUGACUUACGAAAUUUGAGGGCAUUGCAUUUGAAUAGCAACAGAUUGACUAAAAUUACAAAUGAUAUGUUCAGUGGGCUUUCCAAUCUCCAUCAUUUGAUACUGAACAACAAUCAACUGACUUUAAUUUCUUCUACAGCAUUUGAUGAUGUCUUUGCCCUUGAGGAGCUGGAUCUGUCCUACAAUAAUUUAGAAACAAUUCCUUGGGACGCUGUUGAGAAGAUGGUUAGCUUGCACACACUUAGUUUGGAUCACAAUAUGAUUGAUAACAUUCCUAAGGGGACUUUCUCCCACUUGCACAAGAUGACUCGGCUAGAUGUAACGUCAAAUAAACUGCAGAAGCUACCACCUGACCCUCUCUUUCAGCGAGCUCAGGUACUAGCAACCUCAGGAAUAAUCAGCCCAUCAACUUUUGCAUUAAGUUUUGGUGGAAACCCUUUGCAUUGCAAUUGUGAAUUGUUGUGGUUGAGGCGUCUGUCCAGAGAAGAUGACCUAGAGACUUGUGCUUCUCCAGCACUUUUAACAGGCCGCUAUUUUUGGUCAAUUCCUGAGGAAGAGUUUUUAUGUGAGCCUCCUCUCAUUACUCGUCAUACACAUGAGAUGAGAGUCCUGGAAGGUCAAAGGGCAACCCUGCGGUGCAAAGCCAGGGGGGACCCUGAACCUGCCAUUCACUGGAUUUCUCCCGAAGGGAAGCUGAUUUCAAAUGCCACAAGAUCUCUGGUGUAUGAUAACGGAACACUUGAUAUUCUUAUAACGACUGUAAAGGAUACAGGUGCUUUUACCUGCAUUGCUUCCAAUCCUGCUGGGGAAGCAACACAAACAGUGGAUCUUCAUAUAAUUAAGCUCCCUCACUUACUAAACAGUACAAACCACAUCCAUGAGCCUGAUCCUGGUUCUUCAGAUAUCUCAACUUCUACUAAGUCAGGUUCGAACGCAAGCAGUAGUAAUGGUGAUACUAAACUGAGUCAAGAUAAAAUUGUAAUAGCAGAAGCAACAUCAUCUACCGCGCUACUUAAAUUUAAUUUUCAAAGGAAUAUUCCUGGAAUACGUAUGUUCCAAAUCCAGUACAAUGGUACUUAUGAUGACACCCUUGUUUACAGAAUGAUACCUCCUACGAGCAAAACUUUUCUUGUCAAUAACCUGGCUGCUGGAACUAUGUAUGACUUGUGUGUCUUGGCAAUAUACGACGAUGGCAUCACUUCCCUCACUGCCACAAGAGUCGUGGGUUGCAUCCAGUUUACGACGGAACAGGAUUAUGUGCGAUGCCAUUUCAUGCAGUCCCAGUUUUUGGGAGGCACCAUGAUUAUUAUUAUUGGUGGAAUAAUUGUAGCAUCUGUGCUGGUUUUCAUCAUCAUCCUCAUGAUCCGGUACAAGGUUUGUAACAAUAACGGGCAACACAAAGUCACCAAGGUCAGCAAUGUCUACUCUCAAACUAAUGGGGCUCAGAUACAAGGCUGCAGUGUCGCGCUGCCCCAGUCCAUGUCCAAACAAGCUGUGGGACAUGAAGAGAAUGCCCAGUGUUGUAAAGUUGCCAAUGACAAUGGGAUACAGUCUUCAGAAACUUGUUCAAGUCAGGACUCCUCUACCACUACCUCUGCUUUGCCUCCUACCUGGACUCCAAGCGCUUCUGUGCCCCAAAAGCAGAAAAGAAAGACUGGCCCAAAGCCAAGUGCCGAACCACAGAAUGAAGCUGUCACAAAUGCCGAGUCCCAAAACACUAACAGGAACAACUCAACUGCAUUGCAGUUAGCUAGCCGACCUCCCGAUUCGGUCACGGAGGGGCCCACAUCUAAAAGAGCACAUUCAAAGCCAAAUGCUUUGCUGACUAAUGUUGACCAGAUUGUCCAGGAAACACAGAGGCUGGAGUUAAUCUGAAGAGCACUACUUCUUUCCCUCCUGAAAAAAAGUUGCCACUGAUAUUUUUACUGGAUAAAGUUUAGAAAUGUUUCAAUUCACAAAGGCUAAUUGUUGAACUGGUGUCCUAGAAGAAAUUGUCCACAGGAGCUGAGCAGAAGUCUCUGAUGCUGGUGGAACCGGCUCUACCAGACCAUGGUUCAUCCCCUUUUAAAGCCAAUUUUUUUUUUUCUUCUGGCCUACAAGUAUUUUUUUUUUUUUUUAAAGAAGGAAACAGAAAAGCCUGCAUUGGCAUCGAGUUCUGUAUUAAUCCAUGUUACAUUGCCAUCCAUGAUUUAAGACUGUAGAAUCUUGAAUAAUCUAUAUCACUUUAACAAAUAAAUGUUUUACUAUGACAGAAUUUGUACAGUGCCUGAUUUGUGGA